UAUCGCGAUUCCUGCUCGUCGCAAGGGACUUAGCUACGAGUCGCCACCAUCAAUGACGGUGGUGAGAAGACGAGGAAGAUCACGAGAAAAGAGCGCCUCGUGAUCGUCGACUGCCCAUGCACCAGAAGAAGAACGAACACGGAAUGAGCAGCAUCGCCUUCCCACCGCAGAUCGCACGAAUCCGAUUUCGCUACAUCUGGACCGUGGUCUCGACCACUGCACAAGCUCCGUUCGUGUGAUGAUACAAACGCAGUAAUGCCUAAGGGCUCUAAAAUACGGCACCAAGGCUCCAAGAGAGAGCGGAAGGCUGCGGACUACCGCACGCCGCCAUCGGUCUUGCCGCAGCAGCCACCGCCUUCUCAGCCAUCUCAAGAGUCGCAGAUCAGCAGCGCGGUAAGGAGGUCGUCACACCACAGGUCACGGGUAUCACCAUCACACGCAGCCUCGCUGACGGUGCAGUCUGCAUCGCUACCGUCACAGGUACCUGCACCCACUGCAUCGCCGGUCAUGCCCCCUCGGCCGCCGCCGCUUACUUCUGCUUCGACGUCAAUGGGCACCACCGGACCAUCGUCUCUGCCGCCGCCAUCGACUGUCGUUGCCCCCGCAUCUGCACCGUCUGCAACACCACAAGUGCUGACUUCGCUGUCGGCGUCUCGGAUGCCGCGGACCUCGGUGUACCCGAAGCCGUCGAUUCCUCCGCCGUCUCAAGCGUCGUCACUUUCGCGUCAGCAGGUGCCACCCACGAACUCAUACGGCACAGAGCGGACUUUGCAAUUGGGGGCCUCUUACCCGUCGGCGGUGACACGGAGCGCAUCCCUGCGGGAGCUGAUGGAGCUGCGGUCACUGCGAUCACGGACCCUUUCUAGUGACUUGGCGAACAGGGGUCAACAGCUCCUAUCGCCCUUGCUGUCUCGUCUACGCUCACCCUCAAGCACAUCCCCGCAAAGGAUUAAACGACCAAUGCAGGAGGAGCUCCAAGUCGUCGGCGCAGAUGCGAACCUUGCACCCCUCAGUUUAGGGUCCGAGGAAACCAAUAGACUCCCCCCCAAGCAAGGUCAGUCGUUCCAGUCCGGUAGGCGCGAAGAGCAGCGUGACUUGCAGGAGAGCCAGUUGUCCCUGGCCCACAGCAGGCGUUCCAUGUCGCGCACUUCGCUGAGUCUACCGCAGGAUCCUUCGCAGUGGCCACCAGCUACGGCUACGGGCUUGGCAGCCAUCUGCUUGCGGCGUGAGGAGGCUUCGCAGCUUGUGGGCAAGCACGGUCCCUUCCAGACAAGCACGUUCUAUUUCGCCCUCUUGGUUGCUUUCGUGCUGCCCUUUCACACGUUGCCACUGCAGAUUGCACAGCACAAUGUUGACCACUGGUGCGCCAGGCCUAAUAACUUGCGUAACUUGUCGGUGGAGCAAUGGAAGCACCUGAUGCUUCCACGAUCCGAGGACGGCCGUUACAGUCAGUGUCGCAUGUACGCAGAGGUGAACAGCUCACGUGUUGUCACGGUGCUUUGCACGAACUGGGAGUACGCGCCCUCAGCCUACGGACCCUCCAUCGUCCAGGACUUCGACCUGGUGUGCGAACGCGCCUGGUUCCUGCCGCUCAGCUGCUCCGCCUCCGCGAUGGGCGCCAUCUGCAUGCUGGUCGUCUCGGGACCCCUGGCUGACAGGUUGGGACGGAAGCCAGUGAUGCAGUUUUCGACUGUUAUGAUGCUGGCGGCCUGCUCGGUGAUUUUGUUCUCAACUAUUCUGAACAGCUUCCUCGCCAUGCGCUUCCUGCUCGGAGCCGCCACCAGUACCCUUUUCAACACAAGCUUCGUGCUCCUGGUGGAAGUACUGGCGCCGGAGACCCGCACGCUUUAUUCCAUGGCGUCAAUGCUGGGAAAAGUGUUCGGCGCCAUCAUAGUCGGCGCUCUGAUGUGGGCAAAGUUCAGCUGGUACACGCUGCAGCUGGCCAGCAUGCUGCCAUACGUCAUGUUGCUGCGCAAGUGCACGCACCUAGUGGAAUCUCCCCGCUGGCUCCUAGCGCGGGGCAACGUGGAAGAGGCGGAAACGGUCAUCAUGCACGCGGCCACGCUCAAUGGCGAGAACUUGUUCGAAGUGCGUCAGAAGUUGGCGCGCGCGCGGCGUGAUGCCGAGCGGGCUGAGCCUGCCACUGAGGGCGCCUGCUGCGACACGUUACGCGUUCGGGGCCGCUGGAGGCACAGCGUCAUACUCUGCUACCUCUGGACGGUGACGGCGUUCGCGGCCCAAGCGGCCUCGCUGAAAAUCCACUACCUGGACUUCUACCCGGCGGCCUUGCUCGCGCUCUCCUCGGCGCUCUCGUUCCCGACCGAGUUGAUCGCAAUCGUGUCCGCGGCGCACUUAGGCCGCAGGGCGUCCCAGUCUUCGGCACUGGUGCUUGCCGCCGUCUGCUGCUUCGUAGCCGCCAAUCUCGAUGACGACAGCGUGGGUCGCAGCGCAGCGCUGCUGUUAGUGACGAGUGUCAGCGUGGACGCGUCACAGACAAUCGGCACCCUGUACACAGCCGAAGUGUACCCCACGGUGGCGCGAUGCUCGGGCAUGGCACUGUGCACGUGCUUCUCGGCGGCCGCCAGCGUUGCCACGCCCGUGGCCGUCUACCUGGGUAUCCUUCCGGCGUCUUCGGUGCCGCUGGGCUUCGUGUCUUUACUGUGCGUCACCGCAGCUUGCCUUGUGAUGCGUUUGCCGGACACCAAGGAGUCGAGCGCACUGCCGGACCAGUUCUCGGACGCGCACUUGGACACGUCGCCGCAGGAAAGCGCACCCGCGCUGGCCGACACUAGCAGCAACAUUCCGUCGCAGGCACGACGCCUCCGCGAUGAGGUCCGACCGCAGGAGGAGCGCUGAACACAUUUUUCGGACCGCAGAUAUGCUCGCCGUCGUUACCGUUCGUAAACUGUUUGUAACCAAUCUCGCCAAUGGUCUUGACGUUUGUUUUUGGUACCGUGACAGUGAGCGUAUAUAUACUUCACUGCUGCUUGCAACUCAUUCAAGGGAGAAAAUGCGCGACGCGUCACUCGAAGCUGCGCGCAAGAUGUCGUGACGCUUAGCAAUGCUCCGAGAAAUCUACGGGGAAUAGCGCAAAUAAUGGUGCAUAUGGAGGUGCAUAUGGUGCAAAUAACAAUACAUGUGGCUGCGACUUCAGCCAGACAAGUCGCAAGGCCAGGCUCAAGCAGGGACGAAAUUCAAUCCCCGUGCGAUGG